UUUUUGAAAACAUGGACAAUGGUUGACACAAAAUUGAUGUUCCAUUUUAAAUAAAUAAAUAUGAGACACUUUGCAAAUUUGCGAAGCAAAUAACGGGAAAAGCUUGAUUUUAGUGCUCUAUUCGAAAGUGUCAUGGAUGUUAUACGACAUUUGUAAAACGUAAUGAAAUGGAAGAACCUGGAAAGGAGCUUCAAUCAAAUGAAUCUGCCAUCGACGAGAAGUGCUGCAAGCCCUGCUAUGAGGAUGGGGAGUCCGUCCAAGAUGAGGCCUACAGGAACGACGCGGAAUUGAGAGUAAAGCAGGCAUGUUAGAAGGCCUUGUGGCGUGGGUGUUAAACACCUAUGUUGGGGAGUAUGUGGAAAACCUAAACAAAGACCAGCUAUCUAUUGCUCUGUUGUCAGGUGUUGUUGAGUUGGAAAACUUACCUCUCAAAAAAGAUGCUCUCAGUAAACUUGGUCUUCCUCUUCAAGUCAAAUCUGGGUUUAUCGGCAAGAUCAAACUACAGAUUCCUGUUCGACGCAUGCACAGUGAACCAUGGGUGAUUUCCAUAGAACACCUCUACCUAGUGGCCGGACCACUUUUAGAGUACAAGUAUGAUGAUGAAAAAGAAAAAGCAGCGACUGAGGCAAGGAAAACCCAGAUGUUAAAAGCCCUAGAGGAUAAAAUGCAGAUUCAGAAGACAUACACAGAGUCGUCUUGGUUUUCAUAUGGUACGUCUGUACUGGCAAACAUACUGGAAAACUUGCAGCUCAAUGUGAGUGACGUCCAUCUGCGCUAUGAGGAUGCAAUAACGAAUCCAUCCUGUCCAUUUGCGUGUGGCAUUGUCAUCAAAUCAUUGACGGCACAGAAUACAGAUGACUCAUGGACACCAAAGUUUGUAAGUCGCAGUGUGGUAGAUCUAAUGCACAAAUUGGUUGAUCUCAGGGAUUUCUCCAUCUACGUUGACACAAAUACAACGCUGGUGGGAGACUUACCUAGAGACAAGAUGGCGGAUUCCCUUCAGAGAGAGAUGUACAUUUCUUCCAUUACUAAGCAGUUCAAGGACCAUGAAUAUAUCCUCUCACCGGUAUCAGCCAGUGCCAAGAUGAAACGCCACACAACUGCCCUACCCUUGCGAAACCUUGUCACACCUCGAAAUGCCAUCGACCUUACACUGGAAAACAUGGCGUUCUCUGUGAGCGAAGACCAGUAUCGAAACAUUGCGUUGCUUCUACGGGAGUUUGAUCAAUAUGAACAGAGUAAACGCUAUAGAAAGUGGAGACCGCAGUGUCAGCUGCAUAAAAAUGCAAAAGUGUGGUGGAAAUUUGCCAUUGAUGCAAAGAUGUGGGAGAUUCAUGAAUGUAACAAACGGCUUACGAAAUCAUUCCUCUCUCAAAGAUGCAAGGAUGUCGUGUUAUAUGUGAAGCUCUACACUACAUAUAUGAAGAAGGAAUUUCUUGAUGCAACGCUGAAGGCAACGCAAGAGAGAAUCGAGAAAGAAUUCAGUUUCGAUGAGCUGAAAAUACUAAGGGAGCUUGUUUAUAGGAACUUUGGGAUGCAAGCUUCAAAGUCACCUUCUCCUGAACCAGAAAAACCGAAAGCCAAACCACAAUUUGUUGCCCUGACAACAACCCCAUCUCCACCCCCAGAGGAUAAAAGUCUUCUACAGCGGUGGUUUCCAGGGUGGGGUGGCUGGUAUGGAGGCCAGGUUCAGGCUCCAGUGCAAGCAAGCAGUGAUGUUGGGACUUCUAGAGUCUUGGUGCAGGGUUCACAGGAUGAUAGCGCUGGGGAACCCCCUCCACCAAAGAUCUCUAAGUCUGAGCUCGAGCAAGAACUGAAAGUUGUCAUUGACGAUGUGUUGGGAGAUGGUGAAGAUGACAGAUCAGUUUUGAAACGUGACGUUGUGUUCGCACACCUGAACUUUUGUCUAAAAACUGGAUCUCUGAAAGUGCUGGGAAAUUCGACUAACACUCAAUCGGGAGACCGGCUUAGCCACAGCAUUAUGGAGCUGGAAUGUUCGGCCAUUAAGAUGUUGUUUGAAUCUCGACCCCGUAGUUCUGGGCUUACAUUUGGACUCAGUGUCGGUGGUCUCAAGCUAUUGGACAAGAUGACAGAAGGCACACUGUUCCCUGUUUUAGUUGGCUGUCAGAAUAAGGAGAGAUUUGGCAACAAAAGACACGGCGGGUUCCAAAGGGGAGCCGGCUUCAGUGCAGUGCAUGAGGAAACAGAUAGAAAACUGUUUGAGCUCAAGUAUGAGAAAAACCCAUUGGGAACCAGUGCAAACUAUAGGUUCAGUAUUCACUCAGAGCCACUGGACAUUGUAUACAACAAGCCAGCCUUCAAGAAAGUGAAAGAGGUCUUCUCCUCCAGAAACAUCCACAAGGCCAUGAAAAGUGCACCCACACUCUCUGCUGCACGGCGUCAGUAUGAGGCACUCAAAAGGCAAACACAGAAGGACAUCAAGAAUACUUUGAGCCAAAUACUUGACGGAUCAAAGAAGGUUAAAAGAUGGGAAAUAGAGUUGGAUGUAGUGGCUCCGUUGAUAAUUCUACCUGAAACAUUCACCAAUGACAACACGAAUAUGAUAGUUGUGGACCUGGGGCAUAUGAACUGCUACAAUACUCGGAAAGUCACACUAGAGAGUGAGAGCACUGGGAAGAAUGAUGACGAUUUUUCGACGCCACCGUCGACACCACCAAAUGAGUUAGAGGAGGACAAAACACAGACUGCCACUAAUUUAGACACACUGUCUCAGCUUGAACUGACUGAAGAACAGUUCUACAGCAAACUGUAUGAGAACUACACACUAGAAUUACGAGAUCUUCAAGUAAUGUCAGGACGAAUGAAGGACAACUGGCGCCACAUCCACAAUCGAACAACCACACCACUACAUCUUCUUGAUAGACUCUCUAUUUCCCUCCAGCUAGAAAGGAGGCUAAUAUACACCACAGACCCGCAAUAUCCAACAGUUAUUGCCUCAGGAGAAAUGCCAACUCUCAUCCUGCAUGUCGAUGAACAUAAGGUGCAGAUAAUCAACUCUUGCAUUGCCUCUCUGUCAAAAGUACCCCCCACUCCCCCACUCCCAAGCAGCAUGAGCCUUUCCAUGGACAGUCAGGCUUCCCUCUCUGCUUCUACAAGUGGACUCUUCCUCUCAGAAAUAGGGGAAAUGACAAGGGAGGAGUCCAUUGAUGUGGAUGAGGGAGGAGCGGAUGCCUCAGAAAAAUUAAAGGAACUUUUAGAGGAAUCUAAGCUUUUACUUGUACAGUUUAACAUUAACAGAAUGUCACUGGAAAUUCAUAGCAGAGAUCGCCCAAUAGCAGAGCUCCAAGUGUGCAAUGUGAAGUCCAGCCUGACCAAGCGUCUCUAUGACACCUCUAUAUCACUAACUGUACACAGUCUGUUGGUGGUCGAUGCUUUACAGACGUAUGGAAAAGAUUUUGAGCUUCUUAUGGCUUCACAUAGGAAUGUCUCACUGGAUAGCACCAGUGGGAGUAUCCGGGACUCUGCCCCAACCUCUCCUAUGACCGUAUCACCCCCUGGUUCCCCAAUGGAACAUCUUCCAGGGCUACAGGAGCAUCCCAGUGGGGGCCUUGCAGUCAUGCAUUAUGUGGUUUCCAGAGCAUUCCAGGCUCUUAGUAGCAGUGAUGAUUGUGAGCCAAAAGUGAAGAAAUCUGAAGAUCGAAGUCACAUGAUGUCUCCUGUACUGGACAGUGAGACCCUUAUAACAGUGGAGUAUGAUAUGUAUGCGGCCAAUUCCCCGAAUAACAAGAAUGGAAAUGGACCACUGCACGUGGCUAACUUUACCUUCAACAAUCUGGAUAUUAUUGCAAAUCAGGAGACAGUGGUGGAACUUGUGAGCUUCCUGAAGAUAAUUUAUCCACGGUCUAGUAAGCCAGACGGAUCAGUUCCGACAGUACCUAAAUAUGCCCCAAAUACAAACCUACUGUCAGAAACAGUACUUGGACAGCGUUUUCAGAAACAGAACAAGGCCACAUCGCAAACUGAAGUGACAGCAGAGUUCAACCGCCUGUCCAUCCUGUUGAUGCGGCUGGAAGAUGGUCCAGAGCGGGUCUCCGCAAGGAAAGUGGCCACAGCAACCAUGUCUGCAGCCAGACUUCAGGCCACCAUAGACACCAGACUGACCAUGUCAGGAUCACUAGGUGGAUUUCACGUGUUUGACAUCACACCAGAGGCCAAACGCCACCAGAGAGUGUUUAGCGUUGGACAAGACAUGUCCCAGAGUCACAUUCCACACCACGUUUUUGUGGCCUCGACGUUGUAUCAAACCGCUAAUGAAUCGGUGCUUGACGAUCUUAGAGACAAUUCAUCCAAGGCAUUUUCUUUUGAAUUCAGCAAACCGCUGAAAAAUAAAUCUUCCCGAAGUUGUUCCCCAAUUUUCAAUAGAACAAGCGAUGAUCUCAAGGGAGAUAACUGUAUUUCGGUGAAUUUAAGAGUUGCUUCCCUUUGUUAUACUCAUUCACCGAAAUGUUUACAAGAGUUGUCCCUCUGCGUGUCAGCCUUUAAGGAGUACAAAGCCUCUGUAGCGAAAUCGUUGAGAAGUGUUGCAAGUGAGGUCGCAAAAGGGUUUAUUGCGAAAAGGUCGGAAAUGAGUCAUCCAGGGAUUUAUGGAAGCGGAACAAGUUUGGAUACUAUCGCAAAACUCAGGUCUAACCUUUCUCUGGAUAAUACUGAAAUGGAAUAUCUUGAAAAUGCUACCAUACUUGAAGACACUGAGGUUCAGAAGAAUAAGAUCAUCAUUGAUGCCUCGUUUGACUCACCUAUUAUUGUGAUUCCAAAAAGUGCCUCAAGUUCGCGAGUAUUUGUGGCCCAUCUUGGUCAAAUAUCUCUGAGCAAUAAAGACGACAAGGCUCAAAUUCAGUUUGAAGAUGAAAAUCCCGUUGAUGACCUAAUUGAUAAAGAAGAUGAAAAUCCUGACAGGAUUUUUGUUGAGAUUAGAAAGAUGAACUUGUAUUCUGUGGAUAUUGAUCAAAAGAAUGAAGAAAAGGGAAAAGGUGCAAUGGGAUUUGAUGGACCUUCAGCAUUUCGGCCUGUACAUGUUGAUACAGAUAACGACACUCCAAUAAUGUACGACACAACUGUACAUGUGACGAUUGAUCAUGUAUCGGGAGACGCACUCUCUGGUGCUUCUAAUGUAGACAACCUUGGUGAUGAAUGUUUCUUUCCUAAGGACGUUGAAAGUUCAUUUUCCCAGCAGGAUACUCAACAACCGGUUAUGGACAUUAGGGCGAAGGUUCAGACACCAUUGAAAUUGGUUCUUCGGAAAAGCGUUUAUGAACAAAUUCUCCAAACGUCAGACUAUUUGUCAAGUGAAAAAGAGGCUUACCCAGACACAACAGAUUCUGUAAAAGAUGCAUUUGACAACAAGAGUGAUCUCGUUGAUGGUAUAACUGAUAAUACAGGUGGCUUAGAGUCCAGUAAAAUUUCAGCAAACAGUGUCAGUCAAGGGAAGCUGCCAUUCAUUACAAAGAAAGUGAGAUUUGAGGUGCCUUUGUUCAAUGUUGAAAUGAGAGCCAAUUUGAGUGAUGGUGAACAGGGCGUAGUCGAUAUAAGAUUGAAUCGAUUUCUUCUCGACCUCACGAAAGAUAAUCCAGUCACAACAAAUGUGGAGUUAUCACUCAAAUCUAUUGUUAUGGAGGAUUUAUUAGAGGCUAAAGAUUCACCUUAUAGAAUAAUAGUAAUGUCCAAAGGCCCUCAGAGGGAGGACGCACGACAUAUGAAGCCGCACGAGUUUUUGUCACAUUCCUGCCCCGAUAAUGCGAUAAUCACCCCUGAGCCAGUGAUGCCUGGCUCAUUACCAAGCAGUUUCCAUAGUCACCUGACACAUAUGAACAAGCCAAUCAUGUCAAGGCCUUUAGCGGGAGCGUUUGUUUCACAAAGAUUUAACUUGGAUUCAGACAACAAGAAAAACCCAAGGACUCCACCUCCAUUAGUGCACAUGCCACGAUGGGCAAGUGAUGAUUCUUUGGUAGAUGAACAUCUGGUUCACAUCUCUCUAGUUCUGGUGGAUGUAGCUUCUCCGGAGUUUAAGGAAAAAUACAAUGAAAUAAAGAGGUUUGUUGAUGUGGACUUCAGUUGCCUUGAGGUGAAAAUAAACCUGCAGACAUGGGUGGUUUUACUAGACUUUCUCGGUCUUGGAGCAAAGGUAGCAGACAUCGAUGUAUUAUCUGGUAGAGAGCCAGAGGUCCAAUCCAAACCUAAUGAUUCAGACGAGUAUGUUCAAGCUGUGGUGAACUCUGAGAUUAAGGUAAAAAUGGAGCGAUUGUCCAUCAUUCUUAAUAAAGAAGAGUACAGGUUUGCGGAAGCCAUCGUAUCCAAACUGAAUGCCAAUGUUGUGAUGCGAGAUGGAAAUAUGGAUGUUAAAGGUCAGCUUGGUAAAGUUAGUUUGUUGGACCUCUCUCCAAGUGGCGCCCUCUAUAGGGAACGCUUCAUGACAGUCGGGGAACAGGCCUUGGAGUUUGACUUCUUCAAGUAUGGUAUGCCUGAUCCUUGGUGCAAGCGGGAUUACGACAUGAAGCUGAAGAUGGAGAUGUCGUCCGUGCGUUACACUCACACACAGAGAUUCGCAAUGGAGAUGCUUGGAUUCGUACAACACUUCCUUCAGGCGCAAGAUGUACUUGGUAGGAUCAGGGCGGCAUCAGCAGGGAAAAAGAUCAAUGAAGCGGCUUUCCACCAAGCUCGACUGUUAUUAGAUAUAGUUGCUGGCUCUCCCAUAAUUCUAAUCCCCCACAGUUCAAAAAGCACCGAUGUCUUAGUUGCUGAUCUAGGUCAACUCUCCGUACGCAACUGUUUCAAACUUGAUGGAAAUGAUGGAACAUUUACUGCAGAUCAGCAAACAAGCACCCAAAAACCCGUAUCAGCAGAACCUGAGUCAGCUGGAGGCUUAUUGCUAAGGCAACCAUUGUCAAGGUCAUCGUCAAGGACAACUCAAAGGUCAGUGAAUUCAACAAGUAUCGGAUCAGAAGCAAAAAAUGUAGACCCCGUGCAGCAGAGUUUAUAUGGAAGUUUGGAACAUGAUAUUAGGAUUGAAAAUUCUGAUGAAUCAAUGGACAUAUCUGAGAUUGGCUCAAGCGUUGACCCCCAAUCACCUGUACCUUCAGCCAUAGGGUCACAUAUAUAUUUGGACCCUUCCAGUUCAAGGUCAAGGACAUCUGUAAGUGCAAGGUCAGACAGUUCUGGCCUGGAUUUGAUGUCUGUGCCUGAUAACUCCUCACCUGCCCCGGAUACAAAGAAAUCAGGGCUGAAUGUCUUCCUUUCUGAGGCGUUCAAUACAAAACUGUUCACUACAAAUCCCGACACAAAUGUGUUUAUAUUAAGUGAUACAGCUAUGAAAGAUAACUCCAAUAUGACUGCUAGUAGCAUGACUUCCCAGGAUGAAGAUGUAACCAUGGAUACCGAUGCUGGUCCUUGUCUGUUGGAUGUUAUGGACGUACGGCUGUCUGCAAUGGAUUUAUUUUCAGCAGAAAGGGUAGACAAAUCCCGUUACUCUGGGACAAAUCUUCGACAAGACCUGGAAUUUUCGUCAUGCGUUAUUCAAAGAAAGGGUUACGCAUUGCUUAAGGAAAAAUGCAUGCUAGAUCUGAAAAUAGAGCGAAACCUGGAUGGUGAUCAAAGCCACGCUGUUCCUGAUGUGCGCGUGCAAGGGGCACUGUCCUCCGUCUAUUGCUGUCUAGACGUCACGCAGUACAAGUUAAUACGAGGUCUUCUUGACCAUAACUUGGGGGAAAAGAUUGAGAACUUCAAAAAAGAGCUUCUUACUUACAUGCAAGAUCCAAAUAUACAGACUGUUCUCAGUGGAGAUGUGUGGACUGUGAUCUCCAUGGGUGUUGACCUCCACAAUGUGACCCUAGAAUUUGUGACCUCCCAUGACCUGGACCCCACUGACCCUUCAAUGUCAGGGUUCAGCUUAGCUAAACUAGACUUUAUUCACUCGAGAUUGUCUUAUGAGUCGUUUUCUGACCAGUCCAAGGAGACAGAUCUUACUUUGACAGAGAUACUUAUAAGUGAUACAAGAUUUAGAGAUGUAGCAACCAACCAGCGAACUAAUGUUUUUGAGAAGAUCCUCCAGCCAAUGAAAUCAGAGAGCGGGCGUCGCCUCCAGCUUGAGCUACACUGGCGAGCCUCACAAGAGGGCACAACAUUUAGCGUCGUCGUGAACAACAUGAAGCUACUCUGUAGUUAUGAGUGGAUCAUGGCUGUGAAGGAGUUCAUUGCGACAAAGCCGGAGAAUCCUUUCCUUUACGGUCAGUUAUUGAGUAACAUGAGCUGUGCCUCAAGGUCAGGAGCAACUUCCCCCGUAACUGUUUCCAGUGUUGGUUCUGGAGCCACUAGUCCUUUAUCAUCAACAAGCAUGACUUCAAAUACACAACAGGCACAGUCUGACCCUCCCUUUGAGCUAAAGCUGAAUGUUACAAAGACUGAGUUUGUGGUUGUUGAAAACCUGUCCUCUCUCGAUACCAAUGCUGUAAUACUCAGGUGCACAGCAGUGCUAUCCUACCGCCCUCAGUCAAAGGAGAAGAUCCUAUCCUUUACGUUGCACAGUCUCGAAGUUUUCUCGUGCUCUUUACAAGCGGAGGAGGAAACAGCCCUCUCGAUAGUAGACCCUGUUACCAUACAAGUGACAAUGGAAAGGAAUAGAAACUACACGCCCAUAUUAAGGCACUCACCAAUGGAGCUGGGCUUAUCAGACACAAGGGUGUUUGGGGAUAAACACCUGCUUUUAGAGGUAACCUUAGAUGAUACCUUGAAUGUCCGUCUUUCCUACCAAGACAUGCAGCUAUUUUUAGCCAUCUGGGACUCACUGCCCAAAACCCUCAAGUCCAAACCAUCAGCCCGGUCCCCCACAGCUGUACCCUCAGAGUACAACAUUAAUAAACUUGAGGAACUCGGAUUCAGCCAUUCUGAAUGUGCAAACGCCCUGGAAACAAAUAACAACAACUUGAAUGAGGCAGCUUACUGGCUGAUUGAAAACUCCAAGUCCUCAAAACAAAAGAAAGGGGAAAAAAAAGUAACAACAAUAGAGGUUUCUGUGAAGACACUGUGCCUGUGUUUGAUAGAUGAUUGCCAGGAUGCUGACAUACCGCUGGUGGAGAUGACUUUCUCAGGAAUAAGCCUAAAGUAUGAGCCGGGUAACGAAGGACGGGCAAGGUUUGGAGUUAUGGCUGACUAUUAUAACAGGACAUUUUCAGGCUGGGAACCACUGUUAGAGCAUUGGAAAUGUCAUGCACAGUGGCGGAACUUCAAACACCAAGAGCAAAAGCUGUCUGUGGAAAUAUCAGCAUCUGAAGUCCUAAACCUGACAGUUACGUCCACCUUGUUAGACCUGUACAACAUGACAAAAGACAAGUGGGCUGCGGACUACUACAAACACACAGAGGAAGCUAAGAAAGGAAUGGAGUCUUUAACCAGCGUGAAACGUCGCCAACUUCUCAGACCCUAUGCAAUACGAAACCAGACUGGUUCCCUGUUGUGGUUUAGACCGGUAACCAAAACACCUUCACAGGUAGGGGGAGAUAACCUUACAUCCCAGCCGGCAAGCCAGGACUGGGUCCAAGUGCCACCAAAUGAAGAUGUGUCAUUCAACUUUCAGAGGCACGAAAAGAUAAGACAUAAGAAAUCCCAGACGUUGCGUGUGAACCAAGUAGAGGUGCGUGUGGAUGGAUGGCAAACAUUGAACCCGCUGUCAGUGGACAAAGUCGGGACGUUUUUUAGAUACGCCAAACCUGACCAUGAGAAACAAACCAUCUUUGUUGGGCCUAAGGACCCCCUGACGCGUGUUGUAUUUGACAUCGCCCAUGAAGGAACGGCCCGGAAAGUGAUCACCCUGCGAUCAGCACUGGUCGUGCAUAACAAGCUUGACGAGUCCAUUGAAUUAAAAAUGGACAAUCCCGUCAUUCCAGGUCGCUACGAAACCUUCAUAAUCAACUCAAACCAGAAGCGACCAAUCCCAAUCAGCUAUAUCAACUCGAGAUUAUGGAUGAAGCCUGUUGAUUGGCCAGUUGAUUUCUGCAGUGAACCAAUAAGCUGGCAACAUGGCAAGAAAGGCAAAAUAGUAAAUCAUGUGCGCACGUGCUGUAGUGUGGAUUCUGUGUAUAGGUUUUGUGUGGCAGUGUUCCAUGAACAUUACCCUGAAGAUGGGCAAAGAGAUGUUCUUCCAGGUCACAACAUAUUAAUAAUGGCCCCAUUUACUAUACAAAACCUACUGCCGGUCGACUUCAUCUAUUACUUCAAGCGAAUAGAUAUAUCAGGUGGAAUUAAACCUGGAAAAAUAACACAAGUCCAUGCUGCUGACACCAGCAAACGUAUAAUGUUUGGAAUACAACUGGAGAAUUUCCAGACAUGUCGUGAAUACGCCAUCGAAAGUGGGGACCAGACAACCAUCAACAGCGCCCUUCGUCUUUACGACAGCAACGAUCGGCUGCUGGAACUGAACAUUAGAAUCUUACUUCAUGUUUCGGGAUCUCUGAAGGUGAUAAUUAGCUCCCCGUACUGGCUGGUUAACAAGAGCGGUCUGCCCCUUGUGUUUAGACAAGAUGGUUGCCGAGAAGCGGCUGGACAAGGGGAGGAAACUGAAAUGGCUAGAAUGGUUUCACCUCUUCUCUUCAGUUUCAAUGAGAGUAACUCUCCUUACCUGUGCGAGAUGCGACUUGGAAAGUACAAUCAUGGAACUGAUACAGUACCCACGUGGUGUAAGGGCUUUGUGUUGAAAAAUGACGAGGAUCGACCAACGGUUCGUCAACUAAAUGUCCUACGCAGGGAAAGUAACAGACCGGACAGGAUCUAUAACAUAGGUAUAGAAGUAAAGAAGGGCCAGGGGAGUUUCUUCCGAACAACGAUCGUAACAUUCUCCCCUCGUUAUCGCAUUCACAAUUUGUCAGAACACAAACUGGCUAUAGCACAGAGGCAUAUUACAAGCAAGGAGACCCUGACUCACCCUCAUGGCCAGUUGUCUGCCCCCCGAGGAUCCAAGAUGCCUUUCCAUUGGCCGAGGCAGGACCUGGACCAGCUGCUGUGUGUGAGGAUGUUGGAUGUCAAUGGGUGUAACUGGUCAGGGGGCUUCAAGAUAGACUCAGUGAGCUCAUUCCAUGUAAACAUGAGAGAUGAGCACAAGAAUCCCCUGCUUCUCAAGGUGGAAGUGUUACUGCAGGGUCAGACUUUCACCAUCGUGUUUCUGGACGCUGAGGAAACACCCCCGCCUUUCAGGAUAGACAACUUUUCAGAGAUGCCCUUGACGUACUACCAGACGAAAACCAGUGAUGAGAACCUGCGUGCGGUUAUCCGUCCAAACACGUGCUUGCCAUAUGCCUGGGAUGAGCCAACCCUAGAACACUACCUCACACUAUCAGUUCCGAGCGGAAGCACUGAGACCUACAACCUUGACGAGAUUGGGGAAGGAGAUCAUCUCUAUUACCAGUCGUAUUUCUUCAUCUCCGCUUCAGCUACGUUCUCAAGGGGAAAUUCUUUCUCUGAUGCCAUGAACUCAGAACUUGUGUUGGAUUGUGAACACGACUUUGUCAUCUUCAGAAACAAAGAGGUAGGCAAAAGGUCCCAACUCUGGCGAAUGACUCCCACAAACAUGUUAGAAAACGAAGGCAUGUGUCAACCCUUGGAGCCGGGCAAGGCGUCACGUACCGGUCAACGUUACGUGCUGGAUGUGGCAGACAACAAGGAAAAUCCAGUCCUCGUGGUGAGGAAAGCAACAGAAGGAAAGUCAGCGAGGCAGAGGUGGACUUUCAGGGAGAGUAUGUUAUGUUCGAAAAGUGAUGAUGACAAAUUGAUGGGCUUUGUACGGUGCGUGCAGUGUCCCGGAGGCAUUGAACAACUCCUGGAUGGUGCUAUGGUGAUAUUAGGCAUGGCCCAAGUGGAAGAAGGGGCUCCCAUCCCGCCCCACAUGAGAAUGUCAAUGCAAAAGAUGAACCCAGGUUCAGGCAGCCUCACGGUCCUCACACAGAUGGAUGGGCCAGUCAGAGUUGUCCAGAUUAAUGACCAGCAACACAGGAUCAUUCGUAAAACACUGUCGAAGGAUGAUGAAGAUUGCGAAAUCUAUGAAGAAUCUCUGAACCACAAAACCAAUGAGAGGCGUGGGAAACGACAGCACAGAAAUGUGGAGUUUGACCUGAAUUUGAAGGGAGGAGUUGGAAUAUCAUUGGUGAACACAUUGCCAGAGGAAUUACUGUACAUAUCCUUGAAGAACAUCACACUUAACUACAGAGAAAACAUGAAAGCUGUUACUUUUGAAGUAACUGUUGGAAAUAUUCAGGCAGACAACCAGUUGGUAGGGGCAAUGCACACUGCUAUGUUAUUUGUGACCCCAACAUCAAAGAACGACACUGUUGAUAAUCACCAAGCCCUUUGGAUUUCCGCUCAUAGACUUCCAAACAUGGGCUGGAAUGCUGAAAUUUACAAGCACUUGCUGAUAAAGAUGAAGAAAAUGUCACUCCAGCUGGAUGAAGUGUUACUAUGGAAACUGAUCCAGUAUGCGCGGAUUGAUCAGGGUCGUCCAGACGCUGACAGUCUAAAUCCGGUGGCAGAUGACCUGAACAUGACCUUAUCAAAUGCAGUCACACUAAAGACGAAGCGUUACUACUUUGGCACACUGAAUGUGAAGGCUGCUAAUGUCAGUCUCAGUGUUCUGAAACCAGCGGGAAGCUUAUCAUCAGAAUUGUACAGCAUUAAGAAAAGGAUGGGCUUCACCCUCCUCAAUUUUGAAGAUGCAAGUGUGCAUUUGGAUGAGUUCAAAAGAUUACAUCAGUUUGACAGUAAAGAGUUCUUCCUGAGUGAGCUGAAGAAACACUACUCCGACGGACUGCGAGCCAAUGCCUUACAAAUUCUUGGCUCUCUGGACUUCCUUGGUAACCCAGCAGGAUUUAUUCAGGAUGUAAAGGAAGGUGUUGCAGGCCUCGUACAUGAUCAAAACCCUGUGGGUCUCGUAAAGGGAGUCAUGCAUGGCAUCUCAAACACAUCAGCAAAGAUGGCAGGGGUAGCCUCUGAAGCCCUAAGCAAUAUUCACACCGACAGCGACCACAACCAGAGACGUCAAGUGAUUCGAGCAGGUGCCAAAUCAAGCGGGGGCCAGUUUAAAGCCGGAUGGAAGGGCUUCGCUCAUGGAAUGGUUGGGGCAUUUAAAGGAAUAGCAAAACCUGUGGAAGGCCUCAGGAAGGGAGGAAUUGAGGGUUUUGGUGCUGGCCUUUACCAAGGAGUGACUGGGUUUGUCACUAAGCCAUUAGCAGGGGUUCUGGACCUUGCAACUGGAAUGUCCAAUGCUGUAAAAGACGUUAGCAAAGGCAGCAGUCAUAAGACACCUGAUCAGGUACGUCCACCUCGCUGCUGCCAUGGACCAGGCGGUUUACUUUUACCAUUCUCCAACACCAUGGCCAGAUCUCAGCACCUCCUGUAUAAAAUCAAUGAGUCCAACUAUCAAGAGAGGUUAAUAGUAUGGGACCAGGUUCGCUCCAGCCCCGGCAGUGAGGAUCAGCUGUUUGUGAUGAUAACGAGUCAUCAAGUGAUCUUUAUGCGGGAACGCAAAGACUCUAUUAUCUUCCAGCUGAAACACAGGGACUACUCAAAGGCUGCACACAUCGAAUCAGACGGGCGUUACUAUGUGAGACUAUUUCGUGUAGAAGAGAGAGAACCAUACCCCAGUAACAAGACGCCUCAGGUCCGAUGUGAUUGCAGGUCUACUGCACAGAAGGUUGCGCAGCAGAUCAACUACGCCAAAAGUUUGUCAGAGGAACAGAAAAUGUUUGUACCUCCGUUGCCAGAUAUUGACGACCAGUAUUAUGCAUGAAAUGGAGAAUACUGUGAAGGGUUUAAGAUAGAAUUUGGUGAAUAGGGAAUAUCUUCAACAAUGUGAUAUUUGAAUGUUGUAAAAUGUAUCAGAUCAGAUAGGUGAAAUAUAUGAGAUGGGAAUAUUGUAAAAACAAUGUAUAUGAUAGGCAAUGUUGUGAAAUGUAUCAGAUAUUGAAUGUUGUGAAAUGUAUGAAUUUUGUUAAGUUAUGAGAUGUGACUUAUUUUGGACUUCGGCUGAAUAAACCAAUCUGUAAAUGUAGUUAUCACAUAACAGUGGCUUAUUUUUGUUUGUGAAAAAAGUUUUGGGAAGAAUCAUAACAAAAUAAGAUUGAGCAGUACUUUAAAAAUAUGUGGAUCAUCAAGCUGUAUGCACAUGUACUUCUGUCAUUGAAGUACAUGUAUUGUUUCUUUUUUGAGUCCCAUGUUUAAUGUUAAUUCCGAUGAAUAUACGUUGAACUGAGGUUAGAAAUCUUUGUUUUACUUUCUCUGAUGAUUUGCCUACCAUUACAUAUGUAUGUGUGAACAAUUAUUCAGUUCUUUUUUUAUAAAAGGGAUAUAAUUUUGAUUCCAAAAUAUGGAUAAUAAAUUGACUGAUACAAACUAUUUAACUAUGGAAUGGAUGGUUACCCUAGCAACCACGGGCUAGAUACGUUUCAACAGUUACCUGGCUAUAAUUUAAAAGCAAUACUACUUAUUUUUGGUAUUUUAUAUGUGGUUUUAUGUCAGCAAUGUCACCAGGUUAUCGUUGAAGGUAAUGAAAGUUUUUCAUAGAAGACAUUCCCCCAUCUUUGUGACUGAACACUCGUAUCGUUUGACAAACAUCACAAAUCUUUCAAAUUGUACUUUGUUUGGUUUCAGACGAUAAGAUUACAAAAACCGUGAAUGUACUAUUUUAUUUUAUGUUUAUUCAGGGGCGCAUAAUGGUCAUACGUGUACCCACCUGUAAAUGACGAACAGUUACCAGGGUCCAAAAGUUAUUCCUGUCCAUGCCCUUUACCUAACUUUAAUGCUUAAAUGACAUCUGGUAAGUUUCGGUACUUCUUACUUGCAUGAUUUUAAGUACCACAUAAUGAAAACCUGUAUUAAUUUGUUGCAACAUGUAUUUAAAACGAUUGUUUGUAUUAAUUGGGAUUGUUUCAUGUACAUCGUAUUAAGUUGAAUGUUUGAUAUUUGAUGUGAGUAUAUUGUCAUGCUUACGUAAAUGUUAGAAAUCCAUAGUUGUAUUACAUAAAGUGAACAUGCACUUAUGUACAUGUACACAUGAUUGUAUGAGGACACAACUUGUGGACAUUUGUGAUAAUGAGUUGUGUUUUGUCUAUGAGAAAAGUCUGUUCACAUUUGAUGGAAGUAGAAGGUCAUUGUGUGUUAAAAUGCACACACCAUUAACUAUAGAAGCUUUACAUUGUAUUUUCUAGUCACUUUAGUAUGCUCAUCAUCUGAAAUAUAUUGCGAGCUUACAUUGGAACAAAUAAUAAUAUUAUCUAUGUAAGCCCUCAAGAAAACAGAAACCAUAGUUAUCUACUACAUGGCAUUUAACACAUAAUUCGGAGUGUAGGUACUGUAAUGUUUAUUUCGUUCUUGUAACCAUGCUCAAGAAAGCAAACCAUAGUUAUCUCCUACAUGGCAUUUAACACAUAACUCUAGAGUGUAGGAACUGUUAUGUUUAUUCCAUUCAUGUAACCAUGAAUAUUGGUGUAGAUUGUAAUAUUUAGUGUGAAAUAUUAUACUGUAAAUAUUUGCUGUGUUUGUAUUGUUUGAUGAUCUUGUGAUGUAGACACUUUGUUUCUGUAAAAUGAACAGCUGUUACUGUUACCCUGUUAUUUUUGAAUGAUGUUACCAAUACAAUCUAAUACAAUAAACACCACUGAAGUAUGAA